CAUGCUAGGGCACUAGAAGGGAUACAAAGAAGGCUUCAGAUGAAUGUAAUAAUUGGGGCUAUUCUUGUUGCAAUGAAUGUGUGUGUUACAGUUGGGUGUGUCUUAGGGUUCACAUGCUGGAGCAUAAUAGUGACCAGGAGAGAGAUGUGCACGCAAGCAGAAAGCAUCAGAUAUAAGUAUGCCCUCCAGGAAGCGGAGAGGAAGAGCAUGAGAAAGAUGGAUGCGGUUGCGAGUGCGAGCCAUGAGGUGCGCACUGCUCUCGCAGGCAUCACUGGUUUGAUUCACAUGUGCCGAGCUGAGGCCGCUCCUCGUUCUUCCUUGGAUAAUAAUCUCAAGCACAUGGAGUCUUGCACAAGUGAUCUUGAAAGCUUGUUGAAUUCAAUUCUUGACACUACCAAGAUUGAAUCAGGGAUGAUGCAAGUUGAAGAAGAAGAAUUUGAUUUACAAGACCUGCUAGAAGAUGUUGUGGAUCUAUAUUAUCCGGUGGGUAUGGAGAAGGGAGUGGAUGUGAUAUUGGACCCAUGUGACGGGUCAGUUGAAAAUUUUAGGGAUGUCAAGGGGGACAGAGGCAAACUCAAGCAGAUUCUAUGUAAUUUACUGUACAACUCCAUCAAAUUCACAGAUGAAGGUUAUGUUUCCCUUCGUGUUCGGGCAAUAAAAAACCACGCUACUAGUGACCACGACAAUGAUGGUGUUCAACUUGCCUCUUCUUGGAGUUAUGCAUCUCGCCUCCUUUUUGGAGGUGUUGGUCAAGAUAAACCAAUCGCACAAACGAGACUCAAAGACAACGAUGAUGUGGAGUAUAUAUUUGAUGUGGUUGAUACAGGGAGAGGUAUUCCGAAGGAGAAACAAAAGUUUGUGUUUGAAAAUUAUGUCCAGAUCAAAGAAAGGGGUGCCAAUAGUGGACAUCUAGGUCAUGGUUUGGGGCUUGGCAUAGUUCGGUCUCUAGUCCGUUUGAUGGGCGGGGAAAUUGGAAUCGUGGACAAGGAAAUCGGGGAAAGGGGGGCUUGUUUUAGGUUUAACCUAUUUUUGAAAAUUCAUCCUCCCAAUAAUCUUAGGCAAGAUAUAGAGUCUCAAUAUGGCUCUCGCUCCCAUCCUCAUAACUAUUAUCAGUGUUCAUCAUCAUCAAAAGUGCAAGGCCAAUCAACGUUGUCAUCACAAGUUGUUCUCUUCAUUCAGAGCGAAGAGAGGAGUGAAGUUGUAAGAAGAUUUCUAGAGUUUCACGGGGUUAAGGUAAGUGUUAUUAACAAGGGAUAUACACAGCUAAGCCAAACACUAAAGAAGAUCAGGCGUAAGCUUUCCACUUAUUCCAAAAAUGGCCUCUCCCACUCAUCAUCAUCUUCUUCUCUUUCAUCCUCAAGAUCAAGAGCAAAGGAAGCGCCUACCUGUGCUUCAGAUGGAACACAAGACACUGUGGUGUUGAUAAUAAUAGACAAGAGAGCGGGGCCAUUCCCAGAAGUGAGUCGAGCAAUUGCUGAGUUCCAGAGGCAGCUCCAUCAAGGAUUUGCUAAAGUUGUUUGGAUAGACAUGUCAAGCGCACAUGACACCUCAACUGAUAUUGUCUUGUCUAAGCCAUUGCAUGGCUCACGAUUACCUCAAAUUUUAGAGCUUCUACCCGAAUUUGCACCAACCAAAGGAGAGAUACAGGUGGCAAUCGACAAAGAAGAGUAUGAAGAUGAUGAGUGUGGACCAAGCACAAGAGGUGGCCUUGUUGCCCUAAACAAGCCAUUGCAAGGGAAAAGACUUUUGAUAGUUGAAGAUACUCCACUGCAACGCAAAAUAUGCAUGGCAGUAGUUUCCCAACUAGGUGCUCAAAGUUACACAUGUGACAAUGGUGCAGAAGCUAUACGACUUGUAUAUGAGGCUCUACAAAGUCAGGAUACUCAACUGCCCUUUGAUUACAUCAUAAUGGAUUGUGAGGUAAAAAUUGCUCACUCCAUUUUUGAAGUUCCAUACAUAUAUUACUCAAGUCCCAAGAAUAGUAAUAGAUAGAAAUAAAAGUUUUAGGGUGAGGCCCUGAGGGUAGUAGUAUUAACUGAUUUAAAUCAAAAAGGAAAAAGUACCAAU